AUGGAUGAAAACGUCCUACCUUUGAUCCGCAUCCCGUUUGAUCCACCGCUAGAGUCGACGCAUGAUGCUAGGAAACGGCUGGUGGCGCUGAGUAAGAUGUGUCAAGAGGAAAAUGAGCGGUUUGCUCGGCAGAACUUACCCCAGGACUUUUGGGACAAGUACAAUAUGGAAGUGCUUAUUGAGCGAGUAAAUCGCUUUUGUAUGGAUCCAAUCACGAUCAUUACGUUGCUGACUCUAUUGGGGAUGGCAUGGCACCCUGAACGCAUGACGAGCAACGAGAUUCUGCAAGCCACACUACCCAUAUUCCGCACACCAUUUCUCGUCAUUCUAGCAUUCAUUGGCCUCAUUGCCGUAUGGCAUGGUAUUACAGUGCUCAGCCGCGUUUGGACCAAUGCCGAACCAUUGCCAAUGAACCAAAAAUCGAUCCCCUCAUGGAUCUUCAAAACGUUGACAAAGCCCACACUCCCAAGACUGGACGAGGAAGGGUGGCAAAAACAGACAGUAUUGAUUAGUGGUGGUGCUCGAGGGCUUGGCGCCAUGUUGGCCAUUCGCUUGGCGGAGCGAGGAGCGAAAGUCAUCACAUUGGACGUGGGAAAAACCACGGUAAAACACCCCAAUCUAUCCGCCUACCAUUGUGAUAUUUCAAAACAAAUCAAUGUGGCAUCAGUUGCUCGAAACAUCAUUUACCGCCAUGGCUCACCAACUAUGCUCAUCAACAACGCAGGUAUCCGUCAUGGAUUUCCAUUGCUGGACUUGACUACCUCCGCCAUUUCGAAUACAGCGGACUAUGUGGCGUCUAAACACGCAGUGGUCGGGCUGCAUGAAUCGCUUCGAUUCGAGCUGGAUGCCAUUUAUGGAACGCCGCACGUACGCACAACAUUGGUGACGACGGGGCAUUUGCAAGAAACAGACAUGUUUACAGGCAUCAAGUACAACCGAUUUGCACGUUUUAUGGCCCCUGCCGUGCAGGCCAGCACGGUCAUCGAUAAGAUCGUGGACGCUUUAGAACGGCAGGAAAGUCGUUACAUUAUGCUCCCAUGGUAUGCCAUCUGGACCCCUCUCCUUCGAUUGCUACCGUCCUUUGUACAUGACUUUAUUCAACUGGUAUUGGGCGCAAACUACUCCAUGUCCACCAUGUCGCCUUCCGUGCGGGCUUCUUCGAUGCCCGACGACGUAGAGCUAAGCACGCUCCCACCUGCAAUGCCACAAGAACAGGACACUGUUGCUCAUUGA